AUGGCACAUCUAAAAACAAUUGUACCUAGUUUUGUUGUGCAAGAAGAAGGGUCACGAAAAGUUUUCGUUUAUUUAAAUAUUCCUGAACUCAAAGUAAAACGAUCAUUUCCUAAUUUUUUAAAAGAAAUUCCAUCAAAUGGUGAACAAAUAGCACUUGAUUUUCGAGAUCAAUCAUUUACAUUUACAUUAAAUGUACUAACAAAAAAACAUGAAACAAUAGUAUAUUCACUAUCAGUUGCACGAUUACCAGGUGAAAUUCAAACUGAACGUUGCUCAAUUAAGUAUCAACGGGGUGGUUGCUGGAUUACGUUGAUUAAAGUAGAACCGAUGAGUUGGAUGAAUAGAAUUUGUGAUGAUCUUAGUCCGGGUUUGGAUAUUCAAGAGAAUGAUGAUCAAAACCCAACAGCAUCAGCUCCUGUUCAACCUGUUCAAUUAAAAGAUACCAAUAUGCCAGCACCAUUUAAUAUGGUACCUAUUGCUCCAUCUCCUCCUUAUCGACCACCAUCAACAAAAUCUCCUGCACCACCACCACCACCAGCCCGCUCAAGCAAUUAA